UUCCCUGUCUUGUUAAUGGUCAUGCAGAUUUAGUUUGUGAAAUUUUGCUUCAAUUUUUCAUGGUUUUACACCGUCUCUGGAAUAUCUCUGCUAUUAUUAUCUGAGUCCCCCUUUCUGAAAGAUGAGAUAUAAAACUGAAACAAGGCCUUAUAUAAUGAUGGUCUCAGGGUUGGCUUCCUUGAACUUCCUCCAACUGCUAUUCCUCCUUGUGGGCGCUUAUGGAAGUGGUGUCAAUGCCAGGGAGAUGACUGAACUAGCAGCUCAUUCAGCAUCCCACAAGGAUCAAAUGAACCACUCUUUGAAGAUCUUCUUCACCAUGAAUGAAUUGAAGGCAGGGAAAUUUUUUCCCACCUCUCUUCCUAUGAACGAUCCUUCAACUUCUCCUCCUUUGUUGCCCAGAGAAGAAGCUGAUUUAAUCCCAUUUUCAUCCCAAGAACUUCCUCAAAUUCUUGACUACUUCUCCUUCUCACAUGACUCAACCCAAGCCAAGGCCAUUGAAGAUGCAGUUAAAAGGUGUGAAACCAAUCCCAUCAAAGGAGAAACCAAAUUUUGUGCUACAUCUUUACAAUCCAUGUUUGAUUUUGUCCGCAGUAUCUUCGGGUUGGAGAUGGAUUUUCAAGUUUUAAGCACAACCCACCUCACAAAAUCAAUUGCCACUUACCAAAAUUAUACUAUCCUAAAAGUGCCUAAAGAGAUAUAUUCUCCUAAGAUGGUAGCUUGCCAUACUGUGCCUUAUCCUUAUGCAAUUUUCUACUGCCAUAGCCAAGAGACUGAGACCAAGAUUUUCAGUGUUCCCCUAGGAGCUGAAGAUGGAGAUAGAGUGGAAGCUGUUGCAGCUUGCCACAUGGAUACUUCUCACUGGAGUCCUGAUCAUAUUUCAUUUCGUAUGCUUGGAAUCAAACCAGGAAGUUCCCAUGUGUGCCAUUUAUUUGCAACAGAUAAUUUAGUAUUCGUUCCAAAAUCUACCCACUAGACCAGGAUUAUUCAAUUACUCUUUAUGUUGCUGAUCCUGGGGUGCUUGGUUUGCUGGUAAUUAAUUAAUGUUACUUGAUGUUCUGAAAGUUGUUCAAUAUGUUGUGUAUCAUGUAGUGUGCGAUGGGAGGAAAUAAUAUUGUGAAUGGAACCUUCCAUUAAUCUUAAUUCCAAAAGCAAAUGCUUAUU